UUUGAACACACCAUUCCCCACACACCCAAAUGGAGGAAUUCACCAGUGCCGAGGGUGUCACCAGGCUUCUUAGAAAUAAGAACACGUCGCCUGAAACGGCCGUGGCCGUGGCCCGCCGUCUCCUCGGGUGCGAGUACUCGCUUUAUCUUCCAAAUCAAGCCAUGUUCGUGUUUGAUUUGAUUUGCGAUAGAGUGUCGGAUUUUUCAGGCAAAAACUUCAUGUGCUGGAAGUUCUGUCCUGAAUUAUGGCUGCUUUGGGCCGAGGUCUGGCAUGCUUUGGGCUCCGAGCCCUUGAGUCGAGAAAUCAGAACAAAAUCCUUUCGCAAAGUGAAAUUGAUGCUGGUGGCCAUAGCUGUCAUUGACGACGCGUCUUCAAAAAUCGAGCCGGAGCAGCCUUUGGCCCCAGAGUCUGAUUCUCUUCUCAGAAAUUUGUUUCAAUGCUUGAACAUUUUCCUGACUUCGGGGUACAUUGAGGUGGAGGAAUUCUCUGCUAUGGGCCUCUUGAAAAGUUACUCGUUCUUGCUUCUAGGCAUGGACCUGAUCACCAUUUCUGCCUUCCCAAUUGAUGAGUGGUCGAUGCUCUUGAACCGCAUCUACCAACUCCCACACCAGGUUGUCACAUACAAACCUUCGAAAAAGAGCAUGGCAAAGUACUUCAAGGAAGUGCUCCCCGUUCACCUUACUCUUUUCGGCCACCGUAAAAACUCGCUUCCUUUGGAUACAUAUGAAAUCUUACACAAGAUCUUUUUGUCGGUCUUGUUUGAACUUGAGCGCACCGUUUUGCCCGCACAAGUCGCAUCUGCCAUGGAGUCUCCACCAGACUUUUUGGAUGAACGAGGAGUGCUGUUUCUUUUCCAAGAGGUCAUCGUGAACUUGGCCUCGACAGACAUUGCUGCGUGCGAGGCCAUAUACGUCAAGCUAACCGCAGGGAAAUUUUUCUCAAUGGCUGAGAGUUUGAUCACGGUGCUCUCCAAUGUGAACAAGACGCUAUCUUCCACCUUUUUCUCGGAGAUCUACGCCAAAGAACUCGCACAGCCGCUGCCAAACUGGACACUUCUCUCUCGCCUCUUACAGCUAGACCCAGACUUGACGGCCUCCAAAUGGAAGGAAGUCGUCAGCCGCUCCGCAAAGGAACCUAAGCCAAGCCUCAUGGUCAUAGCCGAGAACAUUGCCCUGGGUUUUGUUCGGGCAAGAGACUUCCCGCUUUUUGCCAGUGAAGUCUAUCCCUUUGCUUUGACGGUCUCUGACUACUGGUCGUCGCCUGAAAUUCUUCAGAAGCUAACGCCGAAAGUGAACGAAAUGUCGGGAAACCAAAUUGCAAAGCUUAACCAACAAUUUCUAGAAUCCAAGUCGUUGAAGCCUUUGUCGCUUUUGGUCCAAGGUCUCUUAUCAUGUCCUCUUGCCAAGCAGAAAGCGUCGCAGGCUUUGUUUGCAGACUACUCUUUCUGCCACGCCGGAUGGUCGGAAAUUGCAUAUUACCUACUUUGCAUUUACGGGGAAUCGCUUCUUGAGACUCUGCCAGAGAUCUGCAAGCGAACGCUCGGUCAAAAGCUUAUUCCUGCCUCAAAGACGGACUUUGACUUGCUCUUUAGAAUCGCUGAAUUGACGGGUGAUGUCACGCAUGUUGACACCAAACAAGUGUUACAGUACAUCAAAAGCAUGACCAAAGACUCGAUAAUUCCUUUUGCUGAAAGAUGGAUUGUUAUCAUGGGCCUUUUUCCGGGUUCUUACACUGAGUGGUUCAAAAAGGCGUUCAAGAAAUUGGAAGCACAAUCUGUCUUGAACUACAUCCAAAGACGCCAAUAUAUACUAUGCGAGCUCCCCCUUUUUCUUUCUGAGCUCCUGGUAUACAUCCAGGAAUCUAAACCUCCAUGUGUGUAUGACCUCAUGUCAAUAUUUCCUCCGAUGGUGGUGCGGAGAUUCUUUGGUAAACUGUUGUCUCAAAUGGUUGCAGAUGCCCUUGAGCAUCCCAAAAAGACCAUUAUUAGAAGCACGCUAAAGCAUAUUUUCCAGGAGCCUGCGCUAAACACCCACCUUGAAAAAGAUUUUGAGGAACUUCACAAAUUCGUUUCUAAGACCACUGAAGAUACCCUCCCAGAUACUAUUGCUAUAGCAGAGAGAAUUUGGCUUGCGCACAUUACCACCAUCAAAAGCCCCCAGUCAAAGGCUUUUGUUGAGAAUGGCGCUAAGAAACUCCGGGAAUCCCUCAAAAAUCCACUGAAUGCUGAUUUGCUUUUGUCGAGCGUUAUCCUCUCAAUGGAAUCUGCAAAGGAAUUGGAGAACUUUGAAUCAUUUCUCGAAAAAUACGUUGCGAUUAUUUGCAAACGUAUAAAAAUGGGAAACAUGGAGCAACAGCUUUCUGCUCUCAAUAGGAUUUCUACCUUGACUCAGAGUGCAAGUGCCGAGAUCAAGAAAGCCAUUCGCAAAAUCGAGUCUGCAAAAGUCUCUGCCAAGUGCCAAGCUCAGCUUUUCUCAUUGAUAGCCAAAAUCAGCAACGCUGAAGACGCACACUUCAUUGCCGCAUUGUACUUGGCUCUUCGCCAAUCUCUUUCCAAGAACGUGAUAUACGCCACACUUCGUGAACACUUGAAUGCUAGUCUCAAAAGCUUUGUGAAAACACUACCAGAUGAUGUUUAUACUGACAUCUUUGCCAGUACAAUUACGUCUUUGAGGGACUCACAGACUGAAUACGUACCCCUGCUCGUGGAUUUGGGCAGUAUUUUGACACUUUGCUUGUGCAAGGAUUCUGAGUUCAAUCAUGCCAAACUCCUAGUCGCUUUUAUCCUGGCAUUUACAGAGCGCAAAGCAGACCUCGACGAUCCAGUCACCAUUCUUUUAUUUGUGAACACAAUUACAGACUCACUUUCUGAAAAGACCUGGGUAUUCAAGCAAUACACGGUGGAGCUUGUUCUCAGCACUGCCCACUCACUAUCACACGAGCUCGAUUAUGGUGCGGCGUCUGAGAAAGUGUAUAAUUCAGUUGUGAAGCUUGUGUCCUUCGUUGUUUUGUUCCACCGUCAUAGAUUCUCAUCCAGAUAUCACUUGAUCGUAAAGGUGGUUGCGGAUAUGAUGAUGCCGAUUUCCAACACUGGGGUUCUUCGCAGCUCUUCAGCUUCAGCAGCUGCAUACGCCAGACUUCUUACCUCUCUUUGUGAACCCCCAAGUCACGUCAACACCAAAGAAUCGGAUUCUUUAACUUCGCGUACCGCUAUUUUCAGAAAGGCUUUGCGGAAGCACGCCCACAUCCUAUUGGUGAACUAUAUUCACACAAGGUUGAAUCACCGAUUCUCGGGAAAUGUAAACGAUCAGAUGAUGCCCGGAAUCUACAGUUUAUUCUCGCUUCUCUCAAAAACAGAGCUUCUGUUGGUCAACCUGUGUCUCGAUAACCUGGGCAGGGCUUACUACCAAUCCAUUUACUCGACAUACAAAGAUCAUGGUAAAUGGAGAGAGUAGUGGGGGUCAAUUGUUGGGUUGAGUUUUGGCAUAAUAUGUAUCUUUCAAGUAUCUACAAUCAAUGUUAACGAAUUAAACGUGCUUCGAA